UAAAUUUCAUCCAAUAUGAUGAUGAGUUGUCUAUUUCCAUUUAUUUGGAUCGAUAUGUUUUGUUUCCCGAAUGAUAUUGACCGUGGCAUUUAGAGAUCUUCCAAAAUUUGAACCUGAUGAUUGCUGGUACAUAUUGGUCGAUCGAUUAUAAAUUAAUUCAACUUUGAUUUUACCUUUUUUUUUGGCAAAUUUAUAGCCACUUCUUCAUGGAUAUUAGAGGUCUUUUAAUGGUAUUUGAUGCUUUUAUAAUAUAUUCUGAUGUGCCCUACUUUUUUAAAUUGUAUUUGUUUGCACAACCUUAGAUUGUUUUCCAGCAUCUCUAGCCAUUUGGGGAUUCUGCUGCAUAGCGGCGUCAUUUUCGUUUAUCUGCAGCACCAAUCGCCAUUUUUUUUUGGAUUGAUUUUCAAGUUUAUCUCUGACAUUUUACACAAGACGUUAUAUCUCUCAAGUUUUAUCAUUUUUUGGGAUCAUUUGAUGUUGUUUCUUUACAUGAAUUAUGUCGAUCAAUAAACGCUUGAUGGAGUUUGUGCUAUAAGAGUUUGCAUAUAUACUUAACAUAGUGCCUGUAAGUGUUGUUUUUCAUUUUUGUUUUGUGAUUUCCACAACGUGGUUUGACAGCUUUUUAAGCAGACUAUAGCUGUUUAUUAUUCAAUUUUCAGUUAGAAUGGUAGUUUCAAGGACUGAAAAUUUAUUGUAUAAAAUUGUGGGAAUAUGAGAUUCCACACUUGAUAGGAAAAGCUAAUAGACAAACAAAUCCCGUGCCCAACUUUCACUUAGUACGUGAAAGUGGGAUUCAUUGUGCUCUGAAGUUCUCAAAUUGUAUGAUUGUUUAAGCUGGCCUUUUAAUCAGUCUAAGUUUAGCCGUAUAAUGGCUGUCUAAUGUUUGUAAAAGAAAUUAUAUUUGUCUUCAUAUAUCACUUUUGUAUGGAAAAUCAGGUAAUUUGUCAGAUGUGAUAGACGUGUAUCAUAUGUAAUCAAUGCAGAUGCUAGCAAAUGUACUAUAAGUAUUACCACUCUAUUCUUUCUCUUAUGGCUUUAAUUGGCUUUUUAAUGUAUUUCAGUUCUUUUGAUAUUUUCUCUCAGAUUUGAUCUAUACUCUAUUCUGUAUAUAUUCUAUUCCAGUACAAGUUUUGAGAAACUUCUAUCUAACAGGAGCUAGUUUAGCAAUAUGGCAUCAAAACGUAAUAUCUGGUAUAGCCGUGUUGCUGUAGAUGAAGAUGAUUAUGAUGGUAGAGGCCAAUAUCGACACGAUCCUAGAUUUGAUUAUACACCUAGAACGUAUGACAAAAUUCCUUGGAAGUCGAUAUUUUUAGCUAUUUUUCUGCUCCUCCUCGGGUGUUUACUACUAUUGCUUGCAUUCUUCAUAUUCACUGGUCAAAUGGCAGGGGAACUUUCCCAAGCAUACGGCCUCUUAGGACUUGGAUUUCUUACGUUCAUUCCAGGCUUUUAUGAGACUCGGAUUGCCUAUUAUUCAUGGAGAGGUGCCCAAGGAUAUCGUUUUGCCUCAAUUCCUGAUUAUUGAGGUUUUCAUCGUUUUUUGAAUGCCUAAUGUGCGGGGUGGAAGUUCCUCUUAACAACAUUCAACGACAAGUUUCUCCUUAUAUUCAUAGAGAGCCAAGUAUUUGUAUACUUAUCAAAUAAUGUAAAUGGAAAGUUUUUUGUGAGACCUUGAAAAGGAACUUACGGAAGAUACUAGGACGGUGGGCUUAUUGAUUCUGGAUUUGCAUCUUAUGUAUUGCAUGAUGAUUAUCGGUGCAUGGAUCCUAGUGUUGUAAGUUGUAAGAGCUUGGUUUAUUACUAUAUUUUUCCCCAGAACUUCAUAAGAUGUGCUUAGCCUUGGGUCAACUCUCCACUGCUUUGGUUAAGCUCUCAAUGGAGGUGGAGCCUAUUAGAAGAAUAUAACAUGUGCAAUACACUAUCUUUAUAGUUUCGUCUUGCUAUUUGGCCACACUAUCUUCCCAAAUCUAUUGUAUUCCUUUUCCAAUUUUUUUUUUUUAUUUUUUUUUAU